AAAAAUCAGGGGAAAAGGCCGAGGCUUCCUAUUCAAAUUGUCAACUUUGAGAAACAAAAAAAAAAAAAAAGAAGAAUCAUAUUAUUUUUACUUGUGAAUUUUGAUUUUCUGAACCUCUCAUAUCUAGGGUUCCAUAGGGAUCUGGAGACGGAAAACAGAAUAGCCGCCAUUUUGUUGAAGGAGGCGGCAGAAUUGCGCCGCCAAGCUGAGAAGGAAGGUGCUCUUGCUGAUCUUCGUCAGCCCGCUGUUAGGAAUAGGCCUAAUUCUCGUUUCCUAACGGCAACUGUUCGUGGUGUACAACAAGCAAACCGUGUAGUCGAAGUAAAUGAAAUGUGGCGAAUAAGGGAGAAACAGCUGGAGCUAGACAAUAGGCUUAACGGGACAAGAAGAAAAGAGAGCAGCAGUAGAAUGGAAGCUUGUGAAUCUCGUAGAAGUAAAAGUACCGACAGCAAUGAAGUGGAAACAAGUGGACGAGAUCAUCACUCUUCAAAGAAAAGAUCUAUUCACGAACUCGAUCCGACGGAUGACGAAGGUUUAAGGGAUGAUGAGGUGGAAGAAUUCUUACACUCAAGAACAAAGCGAGGCAGGGGAGCCAUUGGAUCGAGAAUGGAUGAAACUGGACCGUACCUUCCUUGUAGUCCAGUUUCGAAAAGAAAUCCGCGGGAAAACGAUGGUGAGGAUUCGAAGAGAUCUAGAGUUAUUCUUGGACCAGAGAAGCCUAACUCAUUGAAGUAUAGUGAAUCCUCGUCUGAUGAUGAAUCGAUUAAAGAUAGGAAACGGAAGGCAAAGAUUGGAUCGAGCAAACGGCACUCAAGGAAACACAAAUCCAAAGAGAAGUCGAAGGAAAAGAGGAAGAAGAAGAAAACUAAAUAUCACAAAUGACUGUAUACAGCAUUGGUCUUCUUUUCUGCUAAAUUAUUGAGUCUGUUAAUUAUAAUUAUUGGAAUGAAAUUGUGAUUUUCAAAAAUAAUUAUAUUAUAAUU